GUUUGCACAGUAUAUCGCCUUAAAUAUCGAUAUACGUGAUGUCUAGGAAGACUAAGAAAGAGGAAUACUACCGUUUCUUCACCGUCACAGAGCCACGUACACACGAGAAAGGACACACGGAAUAUAAAGUAACAGCGAGGUUUGUAUCGAAGAAGAGACCAGAGGAUGUGAAAGAAGUAGUGGUAUGGAAAAGGUAUACUGAGUUGAAGAAGCUGCAUGGAGAGCUGACUUACACUCAUAGGAACCUGUUCCGAAGACAAGAAGAGUUUCCCUCAUUUCCCCGAGCCCAGCUCUUUGGUAGGUUUGAUGAGGCGGUGAUUGAGGAGCGGAGGAAUGCAGCUGAAGCUAUGCUACACUUCACUACAAACAUUCCUGCAUUGUACAACAGUCCUCAGCUCAAAGAAUUCUUUAGGGGAGGAGAGGUGAGAAGACCAUUAGAUCAAUGCGUCACUUCUUCUACGGCUCUGCCUCCCCCUCUCAUCCCAUUACCGAAUGGGGCCACUGGUCUGGGAGCUGAAGAGGAGACAGGGAGAGAGGCGCCAAUUUUGACCCAGGAACUUGAGUCUACAUUGGAUGAUAAGGAGCUCUAUGAACCUGAGAUGGCAGUGGAGGCUCUCAGUAACAUGGAGAUCAGCCCAGUAGAAGAGAUACAUAUAGAGAAAGAGGAAGCAGAAGCAAAUUUCUGCACAGACCAACCAACCAUAGCUCCCAGUUCAGAGCCUCCUAGAUCUCCAGUUGAACAAUCGGAGUUUGAUUCACUCUUCGACAGUGUAUUGGAGGAACCUGUAGAUGGUGCACAACCCCUUCUCUCAGACAAUGACCUAGCCAUCUUUGAUCCAUGUGCUAAAGAAGAUCAGGGCUGUGGAUCUCCUGAUCACUCUGAGCUCCUGUCCCUCAAAAUGACCACUCAGGAUGGUGAAAAAUGUGGUAAGGAGGCAGACUAUGUGAGCCAGGCAACCAGCGAGAUGACUGCAGCCCAGGAGAGUGAGAAAGAGGGAGACCACAGCACAGCUAUAAUGCGGUAUAGAACAGCAGUGGAAAUCCUCAUGAAAGGAUUGCAAGGAGAUGUGGAUCCUCAGCAAAGGGAUGCAGUGAAGAGGAGGGUAGCUGAGUGCCUCGAGCAUGCAGAGCGACUGCUCUCUUCACAGACUCCUACUCAACAGCACAACACGUAGCGUGCACACACACACACACACACACACACACACACACACACACACAAACCUCUGCAACACUCUCAUGCUAUAAAUCUCUCAACUAUAACUCAAGUGUUACCAUUGAACAACCUGACACACAUGAACAGACUCUCAUACACUUUCAAUUUUUUAAUCCUGCAUCUACUUAUAAGCUUUUCCUUACCUACAGUCCCAACAGGUGUAUGCAUAAGAUAUCAGCACAAGUUCUCAACACUAUGUUCUUUUCACCAAAACUACUCGGACAGUGGACUGCCGUUUCAUUUUCAUGACAUGAUUUCAGAGAAUACUGUAUAUUUAUAAUCCUGUCUUGUAUUUUUUAAUGUAUUUUUUAUUUAAAAUAAUUAUUGUUUAUAUUUUUAAUGUCUUUGCUUUUUUUUUUGUCCUUUUGGUAAACAAGAAACGUUGGUACAAGUUACUGAGUGUAUUUGCUUGACACUACCACCAGGUGUCACCAUUAUGCAUUAUGUUCAAACUUUACUAUUACUAUAUAUAUUAAAUUAACAAAUUUACAAAUAAGCCAAUGGGUAGCAGUUACCAUAAGUCAGCAGGCUGAAAGACAUGGAUUUCAAGACAUUUUCAAAAAUAAACAAGUUAUUUGAAACUUGA